AUGUCCCCAGAUCUUGUGCUGGACCCAAGCUUGAAAGUGUGGGUUCUACUACCCAUUUCGGCAGUGAUGAUAUUGGUUGGGAUUCUGAGAAGUUAUGUUACCAACUUACUUCAACCACUCCCGAAGGUGUCCAAGUGGAGAGAUGUUAGAGAACAACAACAGUUACAAAAGGCCCGUCUCUUCAGGGGCAAUUCACAUGUGCUGGUCUCAAAAAAGGAGUUUCUCAAUAGACAGGCCUAUUUAUAUGAAGCCCUUACUUCUGGAAAGUACCUGAAAAAUGCAGUGAAACAAAACAAGGAUCAGAUGCCUAAUCCAUUGUCUGACCCGAAUGCUUCAGACGCCAUGUUCAACAUGCUGAAAUCAAAUGCAGCCAAUUUUAUUCCCCAGACUGUGAUUAUGUGGUGGAUUAACUAUUUCUUUGCUGGAUUCAUCAUAAUGCGACUACCCUUCCCUCUCACUCUCCGUUUCAAAUCCAUGUUGCAACAAGGAAUUGACACUCCUGAUUUGGACGUGAGAUGGGUCUCCUCCUUGUCAUGGUACUUUGUCACAUUAUUAGGUUUGCAGUCUGUUUUUUCAUUGAUUCUGAGCAGCUCCAAUGCGGUGCAAGUUAUCCAGCAACAGAUGCCAGCACAAAUGGGAAUGCCAGGCCAACCAGAUAUGGCAAAGGUUUUUGCAGCAGAGGGUGAAAGUCUGCAAGUUGCCCAGUUCAAGAGUUCCACAGACUCUAUUGAAGAUAGAAUAUUGGAUAGUUAUAAAUUAUAG